CCUUAUCAGAGGUGGAAUCAUUCACUGCUUCACAUCCAGUUUUUACAGUAAGGCUGUUGGCCUACUUCCCCCUCGCAUGAACAACACGGUUCUCUCUUUGUUCAGAAACGUCUUUCUCUCUGUGCCUUGAAACAGCAACGCCUCCAUCAGUCUCUUGCACAGAGCAAAGACGUUUGCUUUUUCUGCAAUGUCGUCAAUUCAUGUUGCUCUUCAGCAGCACAGAUAUCCCCGUAUCCCCGGGUGAACACUAUGGACUCACAUGCCGGUAAUGUCACCGCCCUGUGGUAAAAGAGGAGUAACCUGCCAUGUGUGAGAAGAGGAUUGCGAUCACGAGAGAAUGAGACAACUGAAACCGAUUUCUCCUCUCUGGGAACAAGCACAGGUACCACAGGAAACCACAUCCUUAGUCACACCACUGAUGAUGAUGAGGAUGCCUUUGCAGUGACAAACCGAAACAUUGUUCCACUGAACGCUCUCACACAGACGUCAGUGCUGAUGUGACUCUGAAGUGGCAGAAUUUUAAUUUUUAAGAAGUUUCAGCUGGUGUGUUUCCUCCUGUCUAACCAUCGGCUGAUAUCAGCGGGUCGUCCCCAUGGCUCUUAAACCUGUGUUCCUAUUGUUGCUGUGGGACCUCGCUUUGUUUGUUCAUGUUGUCACGUCUUUUUGCAAUGUCAGCUGCUCGACGGACUACAAAAGUUUACUGAACUGUUCCUGCUCCGGCUCUGUGCCGAAACACCCCGUCCUCAUCAAAGUCGUGUGCGGGAAUGACGACUACGAGGCAAAUGGCAUCUGUGAAGUCAAACCCUAUCAGUCCUGGUGUGAGAUGUAUCCGGAGACGUUCGAUGACGUUAUUGUAGUUGAAACCACGUGUACCGCGACAGCCAGUCAACAGGGUGAUCAAGUAUUAAUGAGAACCAGUGAGUCACCCAGCUGGGUACUGAGUGAAGUGGUGAAACCUCCGCCUCCUGGCAAUGUUCAAGUGACAAAGACUGACAGAUCUUACAACAUCACUUGGGACCACAACAACCAUGACGACUGUCUCCAAUACAUGGUGCGCAUAAGAGAAAGCAAAGAUCUAUCAAAGGAUCCAGUUCAUUCCCUUGAAGUGAGCGGAAAGUACACUCGGUUAGACCGGAAGGAGCUGCAACCACAUGUCAUGUAUACUGUGGAUGUUCAGGCCAAAAUGUGUCCCGGGAAUCUCUAUGUUGGUCCAUGGAGCGAGUGGAGUUCCACUGCGGAGUUUGGAGAGACUGAAGGAAUGAAUGGACUUCGUACGUGGUGGUACAUCCCCCUGUCUGCCAUUCUUCUUGCUCUCCUGUUGCUGGGUUAUUUAAAAAAACCGUGGUGGAUGAAAAAAUUCCAGCGGAUUUUAUACAUCCCAAGGGCGGAAGAGUUUUUCAACCAUGGAGGGAACUUCAAGGAGUGGGUGAAGCCUGUAUUCAGAGAGUGCGAUUACCUAGAGAUCAACUCCCAUGCUCAGAUGAUGAGCGAGAAGCAGCACGACGUCCUGCAGUGGAACAACGAGAAACAAAACUACAGCGAGGACAACGGGAUGAAACAAGGUGGUCAUUUCCUCCACAUGCUGCAGCCACACAGCAACUCGCUGCUGUUCUUCCAGGACGGUGGCAGUUCACAGGGCACCGGUCACUCCACCGGACACGUCUCCAUCCACACCGUGACCCUGUCCGGAGAAGAAGAGUUUGAGGAGGAAGUCGUGUCACAGAGCUCUGUAAACACCCUCAGAAGUUACCAAGAUGGAGAAAGCUUUGGUUCAUUUGAGGAAGACAACAGAGAACACGUUGGCUAUGAUUUAGAGGAACCUCAUGGGCAAAGUGGGAUAAUACCACAGCAUGUACACCAAAUAUCCAAUGAUUUAUCAGUGGAAAAUAUAAACUUUCAGCCACGUGCCCAGCUUAAUGAACCAGAGAGGGUGUCACUCGUCUCGUUCGUCUCAAACGAGCAGUCAGAAGACGGCUACCCUCACGUGGACUUGGACACCAUUGACAGUGGCUUUGGAGAGUGCAGCAGCCCCGGAGCCUCAGACUCAAACAUAGCAGAGCAGAAGGAAUCUGAUUUAUUUCACGAGCACAAAAGCUCAAAUUCUAACUACGUCAAGCAGUGGAUGGUGUGUAGCGCUGUUCAAGAAGACUCCAGCAACUCAGAGAACGAACUCAACGUAACACAGUGAUCAUCGCCUGCUGAGUUACUGCCACAAUCACAGCUUUUAGUGCUGUAGGACACGUAUUUAAAAGAUGGACAUCAUUGUUGACAUUUCCAGAAAAUACACUUUAAUUAGAAGCAUAUAUGCUCAGCAUAUUAUCCUGUAUAUUCUGUUCAUCUUGAAAUGUUUCAGUUGUGCACUUUGUACUAUGUAUAUAGUCAGGGUUCUGAGUUUUUAAAGCAUUUGUUAUUGUGUUUUUUUGCUCUUAAAAGACAGUUUAAAGAGACUGGACACAGAGAUUUGGUUGGAGAGCCAGACAGGGAUGACGGGUAUGGAGACUGGAGUAUGCCAACAUAAUUAUUAGGGGUGUUGGA